AUGAUUUCAGAACUUCCAUUUGAAAGUUUUGUAGAAAACACAACCGGAUUUGAUGCUUAUAUCCCAAAAACAGAUGAAAAUAUUGCUAUAAUUAAAGAAGUAAUAGAAUCUAUUGAAAAUAUAGAUUUUACUUACGAACGUAAAGAAAUAGAGCAAGAGAAUUGGAAUGCUACAUGGGAAGAGAGUUUUACUCCAAUUUUAGUGAAUGAUCAAUGUUUGAUUCGUGCUGAAUUUCAUGAAUCUGUAGAAAAUAUUCCUUAUGAAAUAAUUAUUCAACCAAAAAUGUCUUUUGGUACUGGACAUCAUUCUACAACACACUUAAUGGUGGAGUAUAUUUUAGAAACAGAUUUCCAAGGAAAAGAUAUUCUAGACAUGGGAUGUGGAACAUCUAUUCUAGCUAUUUUAGGAAUGAAACGCGGAGCUAAUUAUGCCGAGUGUAUAGAUAUUGAUGAAUGGGCAGUUGAAAAUUCUAUUGAAAACGGAAAGAAAAAUGGUGUUAGUCUUGACGCUAAAAUGGGAGAUAAUUCUCUUUUAGGAAGUAAAGAAUUUGAUAUUAUUUUAGCUAACAUUAAUAAGAAUAUUUUGAUUAGUCAAAUACCUUCUUAUAUUAAUGUUUUAAAGAAUGAAGGUGAUUUAUUCUUAAGUGGUUUAAUGGAACAAGAUUUUGAUGAUAUUUAUGCUUUCUGUAAUGAGAAAGGAUUAAAAUUCAUCUCGAAAAAACAACGUAAUGAAUGGAUAGCACUCCAUUUUAAAAAAUAA